GAUUGAAUGUGUGAUAUGUGUUGACCUCUGGUGUGAAAUACGUGUAAAUAUGUGUUAAUAUUUGUCAACACAUCUGAAGACCAAUUGGUUUGUUGUCUGAAACAGUGAUUGCAAUCCAUUGUAUGAUAUGUUGUCCGACAUGUGAUAUGACAUCGACCGCAACGACCGACGAAGCAAUGGUCCAACCAAUGGCUCAAUCUGUGGCCCGAUUGGCACAAAUGACAUUCACUAUCAACAGAUUGGUCGCUGAAGACGUAUUCAAUGAAUCACUCAACAAACUGAAGAAAUUGUUGUCACAAAUGACACAUAAAGACAUCAAUUUAGACAAAGAAUUAAUGAAUGAGUCGUUGAUUAGCCGAUUGCGGUCACGAAGAUGUUCUGUCACUUUUGUGCCCAUCUGUGAGACACAACACUUCCAGAUGUGUUGUUUUGCUUUGCGAACAAAUCGAUGUCGGAUUCCUCUUCAUAAUCACCCGCAGAUGUUUGGACUCAUUAAAGUGAUCUAUGGAUGCGUUUCGGUCGACAACUAUACAGCACUUCCUGUUGAUGGCAAAUACAUUCUUCCCAAUGAUGUCAGCAAACGUGUCGAGCGAUGGCAAAGAGAUUUCUUGGUUCCCGUCAUAUAUAAUGGUAAGACAACAAUCGACAGUCAAUCAAAAGAAGUAUGUGUUUUGACACCAAAUCAACGUAAUUAUCACGAAGUAGUAGCCAUCGAUGGUCCGGCAGUUAUACUCGACAUAUUAGGUCCGCCCUAUCGUGAAGACAGAGAGUGUCACUACUAUAAAGUGGUGACCACUGUAUAUGACCAUCGAUUGCAACGGGAUAUCACUUGGCUCUUGGAAUUAGAGGAUCCACCUGAAGACUACCGGUGCGAUUCAUUGCCAUAUAUGGGACCAAACAUUUAUUUCGAUUGAUUGUUACAUUUUAGUGUAAUUUAUGUAAAAUAAUGUCAUAUAAUUUGAAUAAUAAAUUUAGAUAAUAGUAAUUAAAUAAAUAAGUAUUUCUAAUAAUGUA